ACUUUUAUUAAAACAAAUCCAGGUCCUGCGAGUAAAAUUAAAGAAAAGGACAUCAUAACUUCGUUCUUGACAGGACUUCACGAUCGCCUUCACGAGUCUUCGCGCAUAUCGUCUGUCAUACACAAGAAUUAUGAAUUUGUAUAAUUCUUUCUUCAUUACUGUGCUCGCGCGCAAAUUAUACAUUAUAUGUACAAGUGUCUCGCUGUAUAAUCGCGAGCACAAAUCAAACAUUGGCGGACUAAUUUAUACCGGGACGCGAAAUAGUCCUUUCUCGUAUUCGAGCUACGGGCUCUCUCGCCGAAAGAUCGGGGAUAGGAUAUUCGUGGAUAUUCCCGAUAUAUAUUGAGAUACCGUGCUGACAAGACAAGAGAGAACGCGGUUUACUAAUUCGUAUCAUUCAAACCCCGGCCGAUUUAUCUUAUUUCGGUGAAAUUACGAGAGAAGACCGCUUUUCGCGCGAGGCAUCCAUCAAGAAUGUUCCUCGCGAUAUUUCUAUUGUGCCUGGCUGGAAUACCAUUUUCACGAUGCAAGCAGCUUCACGAGUACAUGACGUCGGACGAAGUGAUGUCCGUUUUUCACAAACCGCAUCACCUCGUACCCGAGUACGAAGUGGUGCCCGUAUUGCAUCGUACGGUGAAAACAGAUGAUUCUGAAGAAAGUGGAUCCGAAAUAAAGCUGAAUGCCUUGAACAAAGACGUUCAAAUGUACUUGUAUCCCACGGAAGGUAUUCUCGCCAGUAAGAGUACACCCGUAUGGACUGUUUCAUCCGAUUCGGAAGCAACCGAAGGAUUGCGGUACAAACAAGUACCAAAGGCUAUGAAAUCAUUAGGAACUAUGCUUCAAAACGUACACACUUCGAGCGCAGUUUUACUAACUCCUACUUCUGAUGGCCAAGUACAUUUGGAUGGUGUGCUUAAUAAUUCAUACGUCAUUAAAUCUCUGCCGCAACGAAUUUUGAAGCAUGUUCUUUAUGGGGGACACAACCUUUACGAGCCGCAUCAUACAAAAAACGUGACGGACGACGACUUCGCCUAUACGCAUCAUCACGUAGUGUACAAGAUGCCUUUGUCGGAUCAGCAAAAAGACUUCAAGAUCAAGGAUCCCGAGAAUCAGGAAGAAAAGCGCAAUGGCCCGGACAUUAUUUAUCCAGAAUGUUUAAUAGUGAUUGAUUACACUAUAUAUAAAUUACUCGGCAAAAAUCUCGAGCAGGCCAUAAAGUACAUUGUCUCGUUUUGGAACGGAGUUGACUUGAGGUAUCGCUUGCUUACCACACCCAAAAUUCGAUUUAAUAUCGCAGGAAUAAUUAUAGGCGUGGACAGAAAUGCGACCCCGUAUUUGGAAAACGGUCGUGUCGACGUUUCAUCCGUAGAUGCGGAUAUCGCUCUUCGUGGCAUGGCAGAUUACUUUUAUCGCGAAAACAGAUUCCCAACAGAUUCUUACGACUUGGCAAUCGCUUUGACGCAUUUGGAUAUGUGCAAUAUGAUUGACGAUUAUUGCGAUACAUCGACUUUGGGUUACGCGUACGUGGCCGGUGCAUGUGACAGAAACGCAACGAAGCAAUCAUCCGAGGCCGUGGGAAUUGUUGAAGAUAACGGCGGAUUUUCUGGUAUCAUCCCUACGGCUCACGAAAUCGGCCAUCUAAUAGGGGCACGUCACGAUGGCAAUCCAAAGAGUGCUAAAGAGUGCCCACCUUAUGAUGGCUUCAUCAUGACUAAUGGAUUGAUGUUGCACGAAAAUGGUUUCGAAUGGUCCUCGUGCAGCAUAAAUGCCUUCUAUAACUUUAUCAAUGAGGAUAGAGCAAAAUGUCUUUACAACAAACCGGUGUCGGAUACUGAAGUAUCGCGUGUUUUACCUGGACAAUUGAUGUCCUUGGACGAGCAGUGUUAUAAGGUCUUUGGAACAAAGGCGUGUAACAAAGACGCUUCGGCUUGUACCCGUUUGGAAUGCGCAUAUCCUAAAAUUGAAGGUUACUGUACAGCAACCGCACCAGCGGCGGAAGGCUCUUCUUGCGGGGAAGGUUUGAUUUGUUUGAAUGGUAAAUGUGUAUUAGAAGGAUUGUUACCCAAAGAAAAAGAAAAAGAGAAGGAAUUAUUAAAAUAUCUACCGAAAUUCAACCUUCAAUCAAUCAAAAAGAUUCCUUGGCUGUCAAUACUUCGAAAAUUAAAAGACAAAAUAAAAGACAGAAUAAAAGAAAGAAUAAAAAAGAGGCUUUUCACAUGAUGAAAAUAAACAUUCAGG